CGUGACGCUGACAGAGAUCAUGCCAGAAGAGUUUUCGUCUUGAAAUAACCGCGAUUUUUAGCAUUUUAAAGAAAUUUAAGGCAGUAUUUAUCAGUAUUAAGUGUUUGUAUAUAACUUGUAGAAUCAACAUGUUAAGAAUUUUGGCGAGUAGCGUGCAAAGGGAAGGUGCAAAAGCCCUGACUUUGUCGGGACUUUCCAGAGCCAGUGGCAGUGCAGUGAAUACCCGGAGAAAUGUUUGCAGUGCAGCUGAAGAGGAAGAUCCCAACUUCUUUGACAUGGUGGAGGAGUACUUUGACAGGGGAGCAGCCCUGGUCGAAGACACGCUGGUGGACAACAUGAAAGGCAGCAUGUCCAAAGACCAGAAGAGGCUCAAGGUCCAAGGCAUCCUGAAGCUGAUGAAACCCUGUAACAAUGUGCUGAGUCUGAACUUCCCGCUGCGGCGUGACGACGGCCGAUUUGAGAUGAUCGAAGCCUACCGAGCCCAGCACAGCCAGCACCGAACGCCGUGCAAAGGAGGUAUCCGCUACAGCUCAGACGUGAACGCAGAUGAGGUAAAGGCCCUGGCCUCCCUGAUGACCUACAAGUGCGCGGUGGUGGACGUCCCCUUCGGUGGGGCCAAGGGAGGCAUCAAGGUCGACCCCAAGCAGUACUCGGAGCGGGAGCUGGAGAAGAUCACCCGGCGCUUCUGCGUGGAGCUGGCCAAGAAGGGAUUCAUCGGGCCUGGUGUUGACGUUCCGGCCCCGGACAUGGGCACCGGUGAGCGCGAGAUGAGCUGGAUAGCCGACACCUACGCCAUGACUGUUGGUUACCAAGACAUCAACGCCCAUGCUUGCAUCACAGGCAAGCCUAUCACGCAGGGCGGCAUCCACGGACGUAUCUCAGCCACCGGCCGUGGCAUCUACCACGGCAUCGAAAACUUUGUCAAUGAAGCCUCCUACAUGAGCACUGUGGGGCUGACGCCUGGCUUUGGUGAUAAGACAUUCAUAAUUCAGGGUUUUGGUAAUGUGGGUCUACACACGAUGCGUUACCUUCACCGAUUCGGUGCUCGCUGCAUUGGAAUUAUGGAGAUAGAUGGCAGCAUUUAUAACUACAACGGGAUUGACCCGAAAGACCUUGAAGACUACAAGCUGCAACACGGAACCGUCGUUGGCUUCCCAGAUGCCGAGCCCUUCGAUGGCGAUCUCCUGGUGGAGCAGUGCGACAUCUUGGUACCUUGUGCCGGAGAGAAGCAGAUCACGUCCAGGAACGCUCCCCACAUUAAAGCACGGAUUAUUGCCGAAGGUGCCAACGGACCCACCACUCCAGCUGCCGACAAGAUCCUUCAGGAGAGGAACAUCAUGGUUAUUCCUGACCUGUACAUCAACGCUGGUGGUGUGACCGUCUCGUAUUUCGAGUGGCUUAAAAACCUGAACCACGUCAGCUACGGCCGCCUCACCUUCAAAUAUGAGAGGGACUCCAAUCAGUUCCUGCUUGAGAGCGUACAAGAAAGCCUGGAGAGGAAAUUCGGCAAGCACGGCGGUCGCAUCCCCAUCGUUCCGUCUGAGAAGUUCUCGGAUCGCAUCUCGGGCGCCAGCGAGAAGGACAUUGUGCAUAGUGGCCUGGCUUACACCAUGGAACGCUCUGCCCGGCAAAUCAUGCGCACGGCCAUGAAGUUCAACCUGGGCCUGGACCUCCGCACGGCCGCCUACCUCAACUCCAUUCAGAAGAUCUUCCUGACUUACCAAGACGCCGGAUUCACCUUCACAUAAACAGCCCAAGCCGCCACAGACCAGAAGUGCUUUUCUGUCGCCCCCCCGUAAAAAAAAAAAGCAUUAGCGUAUACAAUUCCGUAGUCAUCAUCAAUGGUUGCGAAGCUCCCUCAACUGAGUUUGCAUCCAGAUUUUGUUGUCCUAACUGCCAGUUGAAGUAUGUGUGCUGAAUGACGUAUCCGGGUAAUAACGAAUGUCAGUAGUUUACUCCAGAAGUGAGGCUUCAGUCCAGGUCAAAGCUUCUGCCGGUUAUUAUGUGUUCCAAUUCUCCACUUGAUCAUCAAGCUUGUGUACAGGGCUCAAUUUCACCGAAAACCUCCCAGAUCCUUCCGAAUCCCUCGGGAGUUUGGGCCAUCGGGAUUGAGGAAGGCACAGUUAAGAUACCGUACGAUACCAUUAGAUUUUGGACGCAUUUCCCUGAAAAGUUUAGGUCCCAAGAAUUGUGUCCUUGAUUUCCUGCAGAGUGGAGGAUACUGCACUAUGUGGGAUGGUUCUUUACAAUGGUGUCACUGCCUGAGGGCUGGUUGUUUACAUUGCAUCCCUACAUGUAGCUACCUUGUACCACAGAGUGAAAAUGGGUUACAGCAGACACUGUGUCAUGCGAUGCUUGUCCACACCAUGGAGGAAGGACACAGAAGGAGUUUGAACUGCCCGGGCUGUAACAUCUGGCCAAUUAUCGCUCUCGGGCAUGCCCGGUAUGUCCAUAGCCAGAGCGCAGCCAAUGCUUGCUAAGCACCACCUGUCUGUAUCCUGUUUGUGUACUGCAGUAUAAGAAGUUGAAUAUUCGUGCCAUCGUUGGUGCUCUGAAAACAACAUCAAAUUGAAUGCUUGCGCAGUUGCUUGUAUGUAUUAGGCUGUGUGCCCUAAGUGUUCAUGUGCAGUCGUUGCCCUGAUCGAACGCUUUCUGCUGGAGAAAUUUGAAAAGUUGUUUAUAAGAUGUUAUAAGUUUUAUUUGAAUCAUUUAUAUUACAGCAUUUAUACAAAGAGAUAUUUCAUGAGAUCUCAUGAUCACUCCUUGUGAUGAAAUAGCGCAUUUUGUUUGUUAUGAACUUAACUGCCCAGUGGUAGUCAACACGUUGUUGGCUAGUCUUAGCCAAAUUCAUAAAAAGAAUUAGAAAACUGAUGUUUGGGAGAGACAAAAGAAAAUUACAAACAUUGCAGAGGAUAAAUAAAAAAAGUUUAUUCGUGAUGGCAAAAGUAGAUCUAAUGUCAGAGAUUUUUCGCUCUCUGUAUUCUGGUCACGGCGAUAAGUUGUAGUUUAAUGCAAACAAAACACACCACAUAUUGCUAUGAUAUUACUGGCCCCACUUCUAUGGCUAAGCUACUGGCAGUAAUCGGGCAUUUUUGGAAUGUUUACUUUUGUUCGUCUGACCGGGCGGCAAUUCCCAUCCAGCACAUUGAAGUGCCAGAGUUGUAACUCCUUCUGUGUCCUUCCUCCAUGUUCACAUCAAGCAUUUUAGAUUUGGAAAGCGUUGCAGCAGGAUGUCUGUAGUGACGAUCAAAGCGACCCGAAAAAAGGUUGGAUUAGCACACGGGUCACCAGAAAUGCAAAAUAUUUACAUCCAACCAAUCCCAUUCACACCUUGACCUGCUUGCAAGACAUAAAAAAUCAUAUGGGAAUAGUGUGACAGAAAUGCCAGACUUACCGAUUGUUGUCUCAUGGAAUAUCAUUGUUUAACCGCUAAGAAACAAACCAAACAAACAAAAAAGGUGAAAUGACUGCUUGUAACAACUUGAAACUUGAAAUUUUCAAACUUCAGAAAUUUAUUUUCUUUAAAUUUUGUUGUACCCCUCACAUGCUAAAGCUCAUAUCUGUAGGCAUAAUUUGGCAUUAUAUCUGUCUGGCUUAUUUGACCCGGUGUUACUCCAGUGACCACACUUUAUUCACAAGUCCAUUCGUGUACAUUUAUGCUUACCGUAGUUUUCUUUGCUUGUGGAACUUUUUUUAAUCAGUGGCUAGAUCAGCUUCUCUACAUGUUGGAGGAGAGUGCUAAAGCUCAUAGUCUAGAGAGUUUUAAGAAAUUUUUACCCUUGUAAAGGUAAAUCUGAUUAUAUAACUCAUAGGUAUUGAACAGUUAGAAACUCACCAAAGCUGUUUGUAUGAGAAAUGUUUCGACAAGUGGCAGGAUCUUCCAAAUAAAUCUAGAAUUUGUGUUCUUUUUUGGGGGGGCUUGUUGUUUUGGGUCAUUUUUGUACAAAGUUGCCUGUUCCACGUGGUUUUUAUUAGACAUUGGUUAAAUUUAAAAUUUUAAUUUUGGAGUGAAAAUUUAGGGGGAAAGGUAAGAAAAAUCAGUUUGAAUCUUGAUCCAGUGUUUUUUAUAGAUCACCAGUGAUGAAGCCAUGAAACAGCCAGCUAUAUAACACGUUUAUUUUGCAAGUAUUUGGAAAGGUUUUUUGUUUAGUCCAACAUUGACGGUUAGGAGGAUUAAGUUUGGGAUGCUUGUGUAAAAAAAAACCUGGUCUGAAAUAGAAACGAUUGUUUUAAAAAGAUAGUAAAGAUUUCUCUGAACAUCUCCA